AUGGGACUAGAACAGGAGCAGAUGGACACCAUGUACCCCCCCAUUCCCCAUUUCACCUUUAAAUUCCAGAAGAUAUUUAAGCCACACCCCUCUGCUUCCCCCCAGCCACACCCCUCUGCUUCCCCCCAGCCACACCCCUCUGCUUCCCCAGCCACACCCCUCUGCUUCCCCCCAGCCACACCCCUCUGCUUCCCCCCAGCCACACCCCUCUGCUUCCCCCAGCCACACCCCUCUGCUUCCCCCCAGCCACACCCCUCUGCUUCCCCAGUCACACCCCUCUGCUUCCCCAGCCACACCCUCUGCUUCCCCAGCCACACCCCUCUGCUUCCCCAGUCACACCCCUCUGCUUCCCCAGCCACACCCCUCUGCUUCCCCCCAGCCACACCCCUCUGCUUCCCCCCAGCCACACCCCUCUGCUUCCCCCCAGCCACACCCCUCUGCUUCCCCAGUCACACCCCUCUGCUUCCCCAGCCACACCCCUCUGCUUCCCCAGCCACACCCCUCUGCUUCCCCCCAGCCACACCCCUCUGCUUCCCCAGUCACACCCCUCUGCUUCCCCAGCCACACCCCUCUGCUUCCCCAGCCACACCCCUCUGCUUCCCCCCAGCCACACCCCUCUGCUUCCCCCCAGUCACACCCCUCUGCUUCCCCCCAGCCACACCCCUCUGCUUCCCCCCAGCCACACCCCUCUGCUUCCCCCCAGCCACACCCCUCUGCUUCCCCCCAGUCACACCCCUCUGCUUCCCCCCAGCCACACCCCUCUGCUUCCCCCCAGCCACACCCCUCUGCUUCCCCCCCAGCCACACCCCUCUGCUUCCCACCCAGCCACACCCCUCUGCUUCCCCCCAGCCACACCCCUCUGCUUCCCCCAGCCACACCCCUCUGCUUCCCCCCAGCCACACCCCUCUGCUUCCCCCCAGCCACACCCCUCUGCUUCCCCCCCAGCCACACCCCUCUGCUUCCCCCCAGCCACACCCCUCUGCUUCCCCCCCAGCCACACCCCUCUGCUUCCCCCCAGCCACACCCCUCUGCUUCCCCAGCCACACCCCUCUGCUUCCCCAGUCACACCCCUCUGCUUCCCCAGUCACACCCCUCUGCUUCCCCAGUCACACCCCUCUGCUUCCCCAGCCACACCCCUCUGCUUCCCCCCAGUCACACCCCUCUGCUUCCCCCCCAGCCACACCCCUCUGCUUCCCCAUACCCGCCUCUUCCCCAGUCCCGCCUCUCCCCAGUACCCGCCUCUUCCCCAGUCCCGCCUCUUCCCCAGUACCCGCCUCUUCCCCAGUCCCCGCCUCUUCCCCAGUCCCCGCCUCUUCCCCAGUCCCGCCUCUUCCCCAGUCCCGCCUCUUCCCCAGUCCCGCCUCUUCCCCAGUCCCGCCUCUUCCCCAGUCCCGCCUCUUCCCCAGUCCCGCCCCGCCUCCUGCUCCAGCUUGGCUCAGCCACCAAAGAGCAGAACCCAGGCUGGCAUGUGGCGGAGAGGGCGCCCCGUCGCGCGGCGGAGAGGGCGCCCCGUCGCGCGGCGGAGAGGGCGCCCGUCGCGCGGGCGGAGAGGGCGCCCCGUCGCGCGGCGGAGAGGGCGCCCGUCGCGCGGCGGAGAGGGCGCCCGCCGCGCGGCGGAGAGGGCGCCCGUCCGCGGCGGAGAGGGCGCCCGUCGCGCGCGGCGGAGAGGGCGCCCGUCGCGCGGCGGAGAGGGCGCCCGUCCGCGCGGCGGAGAGGGCGCCCGUCGCGGCGGAGAGGGCGCCCAUCGCGCGGGCGGAGAGGGCGCCCGUCGCGUGUCGGAGAGGGCACUCCGUCGGAGAGGGCGCCCCGUCGCGUGGCGGAGAGGGCGCCCGUCGCGUGGCGGAGAGGGCGCCCCGUCGCGUGGCGGAGAGGGCGCCCCGUCGCGUGGCGGAGAGGGCGCUCCGUCGCGUGGCGGAGAGGGCACUCCGUCGCGUGGCGGAGAGAGCACUCCCUCUCAGAGACAAAGGCACAGGGACCAAGGACACCAAGCCCUGA